UGCUUUGGUGGCUAGGUUAUCACAAGGAAUUUCGCUGACCCAGCAGGCGACCUGACCGCCCAUGGUGGUGUUCUUUCUUCAUCGUCAUUUCUUCUAGUUUGAGACACUAGUCACUUGUGUAAGGCGUCCCACGAGUAGCCUACUCCAGCUCGAGUAUAAAUAGCCACGACUCUAAUCAAAUCUGUAAAACGGUCACUUCUUUGCGAAGUUGUCCAGCUAGCUCCCACAGGGCUCUUCUCUCAUCGCUCCCUUUUGAGUGCAUUACUCGCGCACCCGCGUUCUCCCGUAGCUAGCCGAGCACGUCCAGGCUGCAACUAACACGUUCGCGCCUCGCCUCGCCGUCCGCUCGCGCAACUCGUCAUGGCGCGGCUCACAGCCAUCCUCGCCGCGUGCUUGCUCGUGUGCGCGCUCCACGCAGGGUUUGCCGAGGCACAGCAACUGCAAGGGAAGCUGUACGAGGUUGGGUCCGGUCUACUGCGGUACUUCAGCCCGUGGAACCAGGGCGUGGCGGGGUGGAUUCCGCCAAAGAACAUCAAGCCGGGCGACAUCAUCCUGUUCCGGUGGCUGGGGCGGCACGACGUGCGGCAGUUCCCCACCAUCAUCGGGUACAGCACGUGCAGCUUCUUCCUCGCCAAGGUGCUGCAGCCCGGCUCCUACUUCGGCUUCUACCGCUACGUCGUCAAGCCCACGGACAAGGGCUCCACGCUCUACUUCGGCAGCAGCAUCGGCGACGACUGCCAGCGCGACAUGAAGGUCGCCAUUCCCAUACCCUAGGGCGAAACGAGGGGCGUGGUAACCAGUUUCUUGGCGAAAUGGAGCCUGCAUGAAGCAGCGUCGUCUGUGCGGGACGCUGAAAUGUGAUCGAUACAAGCUUACUACGAUUUAGGGGUUAGGGUAGCAGGGGUAACUGGGUUAGGUAACCAUUGUGGUAGCGGUACACCUGUGUGUACCCAAACAGUUGGGGGCUCAAUUGUAACUGCAUGGAGCACACCGCUUGUGCUUCCACUCCAUACAUACCCUCCUCUCUCUUUGGAAC